AUGCCGACGGUUACCUCAUUUCUUGUGUUGUUAGGCACUCUGAUAUUUGGCUAUGGUAUCACAUCGGCGUUCUAUAAUGUUUUCCUCCACCCUCUGCGAGGAUUCCCCGGACCGAAGCUAUGGGCUGUUUCGCCAUUACCCGCAGCCCUCAAUAUCUUAAGAGGAAUGCCACACAGGAGGAUCCUGGAGCUGCACAAUGAGUAUGGAAGUGUAGUCCGCGUUGGGCCAAAUGAGCUUGCCUUCGCACAUGCAGACGCAUGGAAGGAUAUCUGUGGCCAUCUGAAGCGAGGACAAGCUGAGAAUGGAAAGGAUCCCAAGUACCUGAAUGAGGAAACAGAUAAGAGUCUCAUAUCUGCCUCGCGUGAGAGACAUGGGCCCUUGCGCCGGACACUGGCACAUGCAUUCUCGGCACGAGCGAUGGCCGAGCAGCAGCCACUGAUUAACAGCUUUAUCGACCUGUUUCUCCGGAGGCUGCGUGAGCACGGUGAAAAUGGCAUGAAGCCCAUCAAUAUGACCCAAUGGUAUGAGUGGACGACCUUUGACAUCAUCGGGAAUCUAGCGUUCGGCGAGUCGUUUGGGUGCCUCCAGAACUCUAAGUCACACCCCUGGGUGGACAUCCUCUUUGCUUCCAUGAAAUUCAUUCCCCUGAUGCAGGUACUGCACGACUUGCCUUUCUUCAACGCCUUGAAGCCUAUACUGUUGGCUCUUUUAAUGCCCAGUGAGGUGGUGAAAAAUCGACAAGCCACUAUAAACUUCAGCCGAGAGGCUUUGAGAAAGCGGCUGAACCUUGGAAUAACACGGCCAGACUUUGUGGAUGCAAUGCUUAAACCCGGAGCUGAACACAAGAUGUCCGAAUUGGAGAUGAUUGAUACGAGUGUUCUUCUGACCACUGCCGGCUCCGAGACAACCGCUACGACUCUUACUGCGACAACAUACUUUCUCUGCACCAAUCCCGAUGUGUUGACCAAGCUGAAUACAGAGGUCCGUUCAGCCUUCAAGUCUGAGGACGAGAUUGAUUUGCACAGCGUCCAGAACUUGACAUACAUGCUAUCGGUCCUCAAGGAGUCAAUGCGUGUAUACCCUCCGGUGCCUAUUGCUCUAUCUCGUCGAUCACCUCCAGGCGGCACACAAAUCGCCGGCCAGUACGUAGCUGGAGGGACCACGCUGGGUAUCUGGCAAUAUGCCCUCUACCACAGCGCCUCAAAUUUCGCCCAGCCAGAUUCGUUUAUACCAGACCGCUGGCUGGGCAACGUGUGCUUUGAGAGCGACCACAAAGAUUUGCAUCAGCCCUUUUCUUAUGGACCGCGUAACUGUAUCGGCAUGAACCUGGCAUAUACGGAGAUGCGGUUGAUACUCGCUCGGAUCGUCUGGAAUUUUGACUUGGAGCUGGCACCAAACUCCAUUGGUUGGGCAGACAACCAGAAAAUAUUCUUUUUCUGGAAUAAGCCGCCGUUAAAUGUUUUUAUGAAGCCAAGAGGAUGUUAA